GUCGGCGUAGUACAUCCAGAGUGUUUUUUUUUAUCGGGAGUGAAAGAGUUGUUUGAAUAUUACAUUUGAUGUUUAUUUUCUUAUUAAUCACAUCAUGCAUUGAUUUCCUGUAUAGCUCGAGUUUUCAUAAGGGGUUGGUGUGUAGUGUAAUUUUCUGUGUGGCUUGAGUUUCUACUAGGAGCUGGCGUGUAGUGGAAUUAGAAUACAAGGAUUAAUAGAUUUUCGUCACUAAAAAAGAAAAACGUCAUACUUUAAAAAGAAUUUAAGAAAACAUGUUUAUCCUACAUUAUUUCCGUUAUGUUUAAAAUCUGUCAAAUUGAAAAACAAGAAUUAAGAAGUUUUGAACGUUUAUAAACAACUAGUAAUAAAAUUUCUUAAUAACCAAGGACACUAAACUAAAUAAUGUAAUAAAGAAGGAUUGUGUUUAUAUCAUUAAAUUAAACAGGAGGAGAUGUUUUCUACACUUACAAUUGUGAUGAUCCUUUUAAACACAGAUGAGGUGUGGCUUUAUUGUUGGGAUGAUCUACCGGAUCCAGAAUGUCCGAAUCUAGCCGCUGCCGGCGAUUGUUUAUUUAAUGCAUCUCUAACAGGAACAUCUUGUUUGUGCAAAAAAUCCUGUGGAACGUCCGACUUUUGCAAAAAUCCUAAAGCUUCAGGUUAUCAUGAUGGAAUGUGUGAUUGCGUUAAGUAUGUAUCGGAGUGUUACACCCGCGACCAACAGUUACCCGGUUGUCCUAUCGCUGGUUGGUUAUUAAACUGUUAUGCAACAAAUUGGAUGAGGAUGACUUAUCAUUGUAGUCCUCUCACCUACUUGGGGGAUUUUACUAAAAUAAGAACCACCUCCCUUCGCCAUGGGCAACAGGUAGAAUUCCAAUGCCAAGAUGGUUAUAGUCGAGUUGGCGGUUCAAGAGGUCUCCACGUGUGUAAUGCUGGAGAUUGGAUAAAACAUUCAGUUUUCGGCGAUUUUCCAGUUUGUAAUCAUACGUACUGUGGAAGCCCUCCUAGGGUAUUAUAUGCCACUCCUUCCCUUAGUGAAGGUUGGUUCUCUAAUGAAGUAACAUACACCUGUCAAUCAGGUACAAUCAAAGUAUCAGGUGAUGUUGGAAGGUAUGAAUGUAGUGCUGACGGUUCCUGGCAAAAUGUAAGCGGAUCAGUUACACCAUUGUGUCAACCAUAUAUUGCAAAUUUCCAAAUAUUACCUGGAAAUGAAGCAGUAGCCAAUAAAACGUUGAGUAUAAAAUCAGGUAGCAGUGAUAUUUACUGCGGUGCUCUGUGUCUACAGUCAUAUCUUUGUGUUGGCUAUACUUAUGAUGACGUCAAUCACGUGUGUCUUUUGAAUGAAAGUGGUGAAAGGGCACAGAAUACAGAGUACACCUUAAUAUAUCCGUAUUAACAUUAUAGUGAAGUUAUAUUCAAAGAUUUAA